AUGGGUGAUUCUACCCCUCGCUCUCCUCAUUCUUCUAAAGAACACAAAGCGCACCUUCCUGACGAUAGAAAUUAUCGCGUUCUAUUUAUUAUCUUUCCUCUUUGUGCUCUACUGAUUAGCCUAUUUAUAAUGACUACGUCUUCCCAAAGACAAGUGUUGCCUAGUUCUGUGAGACCUACUCAUUAUGAUAUUACGCUUACACCGGACUUGGAAAAAUUUGUAUUCACCGGCAGCGAAGCUAUCGACAUCGUAUUCAACGAUGAUGUGAGGCAAAUAGUUCUCAAUGUUUUUGAAGUCGAAGUGACAGCGGCCAAAUUACAGAAUCUGUCUUUGAAAACGAUCCAGAAUAUUGACGCCGUUCAAAUUGAACACAACGAGAAGAGACAAACUGUAACUUUGACGUUUCCUCAAGAACUAGCGAAAAACACCAAAGGAGUGCUGAAGCUGCAAUUUAAUGGAACCCUCAAUGAUAAGAUGUGUGGCUUCUAUCGCAGUGUAUUUGUUGAUAAACAAGGAAACAAAAAAUACAUGGCUACUACUCAGUUUGAACCAACGGACGCUCGUCGAGCCUUUCCUUGUUGGGAUGAGCCUGCGAUUAAAGCUACAUUCGAUAUUACGCUGAUUGUACCAUCGAAUCUUACUGCGUUGUCCAAUAUGAAUGUGAUCUCCGAGAAACAACUCGAACAUGCGAAGAAAGAAGUGAAAUUUGCCAAGACACCAAUCAUGAGUACUUAUUUGGUUGCCUUCGUUGUCGGUGACUUGGCCUAUGUUGAAGCGGAGACAUCUGGGGAACACAAUGGAAACCCGGUUCUUAUCAGAGUCUACACAAACAAAGGAUUGGAGAAACAGGGAGAAUUUGCUUUGAGCGUAGCCGUACAGGCACUCGAGUAUUUUGCUCAACUGUUUGCCAUCCCGUAUCCAUUGCCGAAACUGGAUAUGGUUGCUAUACCAGAUUUUGAAGCCGGUGCUAUGGAAAAUUGGGGUCUCGUGACUUAUCGUACUGCCGCUAUUCUAUUUGAUCCUCAGGCGUCAGAUGCCAAGUUCAAGCAACGUAUUGCCUAUACAGUAUCUCAUGAACUAGCUCAUCAGUGGUUUGGAAACCUUGUCACCAUGGAAUGGUGGGACCAUCUAUGGCUGAACGAGGGUUUUGCUACAUGGGUUGGAUAUCUUUCUGUCGCAAAGAUUUUCCCCGAAUGGGAUAUUUGGACCGAAUUCCUAACCGAGGGUGUUCAACGUGGUCUUUCCCUUGAUGCGUUGCGUUCUUCUCAUCCGAUCGAAGUACCAGUUAGCAAUCCGAGGCAAGUGGCUGUUUAUUUCAUUCUGAUACUCUUGCACAUUUCCGUACCAAUCUAUUACAAAGGAGCCUCAGUGAUAAGAAUGUUGAGCUCCUAUUUGACUGAAAAAGUGUUCUUGACGGGAAUUCAGAAAUAUUUGAAACAACACAUGUAUGGUAAUGCUAGCACUGGUGAUUUAUGGAAAGCACUAUCAUUACAGAGCGGAAUAGAUGUUGAGAAAUUCAUGUCUAUAUGGACACGGGAAGUCGGUCACCCAGUUGUUAACGUAACCGAAUCGUCGCCCGAUAAAAUCCACGUUCGUCAAUCGCGCUUCCUUUCGACUGGUGAUACCAAAGAAUCAGAAGACACCAAUAUCUGGUGGGUACCGUUAGGCAUUACAACAGGUCCAAACACGCCAGAAGAAAUCAGCUCCGCUAAACUCGCCACCAGAGAAGCUUCAAUUACCCUUCCACCAAAUACUGAUUUCUUCAAGCUUAACGUGCAUCAGACUGGUGUAUUCCGCGUCAACUAUACACCCGACCGUUUGACAAAGUUAGGAAAGGCUGUCAGAGAAGGUGGAUUGCUCGAUACUAGCGAUCGUAUCGGAAUUGUUGCUGAUGCUGCAGCCUUGGCGCGUAGUGGAUAUGCUAAGACAAGCAGCUUUUUGAGUCUAGUGAACGAAUUUGAAAACGAAGAGAAAUAUAUGGUCUGGGCAGAGAUAACUAAGAAUCUGGCGGAUAUAUGUAAUGUAUGGUUUGAACAACCAGAAAACGUGUACCAGGCUUUACAGAACAUCCAACGACAACUAGUCUCCAAACUAGUUACUCGCCUUGGUUGGGAUUAUCUCGAGGGAGAAAGCCACCAAACCAGUAUGUUACGAACGCUUGUCAUUAAGGUUGCUGGUAAUGCCGGAGAUCCAGAUGUUGUCAAAGAAGCCCAUCGUCGCUUCCAACUUUUAACCGAACACAAGAAUGAGUCUGCUCUUCAUCCCAAUAUUCGCGGUACAGCUUUUGAAAUCGUUCUUACACAUGGCGGUGGGACGAAAGAGUUUGACGCGAUAUUGCAAAUAUAUAAAGAGGCAAAGACGGAGGAUCAGAAAGUUGUUGCUUUGAUUGCGCUCGGGUCUGCUCAACAAGCAGAUUUGAUACAGCGUGCACUGGAAUUUAGUAUUUCUGAUCAAGUUAGGAGUCAGGAUAUUCAUCAUGCCUUCCUUGGUUACCAGUCCAAUCGCAAGGCUCGAAGACCUCUGUGGGCAUUCAUUAAAGCAAACUGGAAUAAGUUUUACGAGCGCUACUCCAAGUCUAUGACUUUAUUCGGCAAUAUAGUCAGGUUCGGUACACAAAACUUUGCGUCAGAGGCCGAUAUCGCCGACAUUGAAAACUUUUUCAAAGGCAAAGACACAAAGGACAUCACCAGACCACUCCAGCAAAGUAUCGAGAAGAUACGAUCCAAUGCUGCCUGGUUGGAACGGGAUGCCAAGGAUGUUAAAGACUGGCUAGGUAGUAAUGGUUAUCUUGUUGUGUAA